CCCCACCUAUAAAAUAGGUAUCCAGAGCUUCUACUUUCGUUUUGUCUCCACGGUGAUUUGUUUUUUAUCAGCUGGACCCUCGUCACGGUAGGAUUGACACCCCUCCGUCUCGCGCCAAUUUUAUCUCUGUACUUUGUCGUACCGAGGCACGAAAAAUACCCACGCCCUCCAGGGGGAAAUACGUCACUGCCAUACUGUUCCUACCCACGACAACAACCAUCCACGUGGGGUCGGCUAGCCCAAUCAGGGCAGGGAGCGGCGCGCGAGGAGCGAGUGACGUUACAGCCUCGUCCAUAUAUGGAUAUUGCCCCAUAGUUGGUCCCCACCCAUUCUCAGGGACGGGAUUUGUAUGCCUUCGCCCACACAAAAACUACGCCGACCCAGGGAACAAAAUCCGUCUCGAUUUUUCACUGGUGUUAAGGAGAUUUUUCGGUUGGCAUGACGUCUACCCAGCCAAGAAAUUCUUCAGAAUGGCAGCUUUACAGAGUUCUUCAAAGAGCAAACCUCCUUCCCUACUAUGACACAUUUAUAGGUCAAGGUGGAGAUGACGUCCAACAGUUAUGUGAAGCUGGGGAGGAUGAAUUUCUUGAGAUCAUGGCAUUAGUUGGCAUGGCAAGUAAACCCCUCCAUGUUCGCCGUUUACAGAAAGCUUUACAGGAAUGGGUUUCUAACCCAGCUGCAUUCCAAAAUCCUAUGGCUGUAUCAGUCAAUCCGCUGUUAGGAACAUCUAACGCUGCUGUUAAUGUAACAAUGGGAGGGGUUAUGACACCUGUCCGGGAUCCACAGCCACAACAGUCCAUCAUCUACACGUCCCAGCAUUCCUCGCCUGUCAGUGCCGCGGUUUGGACACCCCAGCUCCAGCCCGCACAGCAGCAGUCAGCUCCCCCAUCACAGCCUGUACAGCCACCCCCACUGACUCCCAGUCCCCAGCACCAGGUCACUGUGGUCACUCCCGUCAAACCACAGCCCCCACCCCAAUCUUCACCAGUCCCGACCCCAAUCAGCAUCAGUCCUGGUCCUAACCAGACCCCCACCAGCUCAUCUGGGGGUUCGGUACAGGGCGACUUUAAGGUGGAGACUUUUCCCAUGACGACCACCUCGGAGGGAGCGCCGGAAAUAUCUGCCUCUACAUCUCCUGUGCCAACCCCUGUCCUAGUGGAAAGUCAGAUCAAUUCAAUAGCAGAAGCUGCAGCCAAACUAGCCCAGGAACUACCUAUGUUUGAAACCAAAAGACUCAAUAUGAAAAAGUUAAUCAACCGAGAAAUCAUGGCAGUCAUGCAGAUGUCAGAAGAUGACCCAAAUAGAAUGGAGGAGUUGAGAAAAUACGCUGCAAUUUAUGGUCGCUUUGAUUCGAAAAGAAAAGGAGAGAAGCCUAUGUCUCUACAUGAGAUCUCAGUGAAUGAAGCAUCAGCCCAACUUUGUCGUCAUCGUGUCGCUCUAUUGACUCGACGAGAAGAUUUGUUUCCAUUGGCUAGACAGAUAGUGAAAAAUAGUGGUUACCAGUACUCCAAAGGCCAUUCCAGGGCAUCUGAUGUAGUUGUCCCCAUGACUUCAGCCAAGCGAACACGGUUUGAUCCCCUAUACAUCAAAUUAGAAAAGGAACGUAUAACAAACCUUAGCCAGGAGUUGUUGCUGAUAAAUCAGCGCCAGGAGGACCUGAAGGCCCAGCUCCAGACCGCUAAGGAGGCUGGCAGUGUGGACUCGGAGGUGAACAGGUCCCUACAGGCGGAACUGGAACAAACCAACGUCCGCCAGCUACAGCUCCUCGCAGAACAGAAUGAAAUUAUACAGAAACAUAAACGUCUCCAGGAGGAAGAUUUACAGAGUGGAAGUUCUUCACCAAGGGGAGAUAAUUCUGGAGACAUGGAUGAGUUUAAUAUGAUGGUGCGGUCCCAGUUAUACACAGCACAGAUCCCAGGUGGUUUGAUGAACGACACAUUAUUUGAUGAAGGCCUGCGCAUCGCUCAACAGUACGGCAUGGCUGACUUCGCACAGGAACUCAAACAGAUGCAUCCGGUGGGCGAGGAUUCCAAUGAAAGUGGGGAGGGGGAGGGCAACACUAAUGGUGUGAAACCCACAGAGAACGGACAGUCCCCUAAAAACAAUGGUGACAGUGUGUCAUCGGUAGAAAAGCCAAAAUUGUUACCAAUUAAACUGGCCACAACUAAUGGCACUGACUUUGCCGUGAAGACCGAACCUGUCGAUCCUGUGGAAGUGAACGGUAGUUGAUACUUGGUUUUAUACUGCGUUACGAUUUUAUAACUAUUUACAUGACCCACAUUAUUUCAACAUUCCUGAAUCGAAAUAGAGUUUACAAUGCACAGAGAAGAGGGAGUGAAAGGAACGUUACAUUGACUGCUGGUUGUGUUUCAAAUGAUUUAAUAUAUAAGAAUGACAGAUGAUCGAAGAUUUUUAUUAUUUUGAAUGAUAAUGGAAAAAAUGUGUAGGAGUUUAUUCUCUCAUGGUUUUGUGGCAACAGGUGUAAUUCCUAAAGUAAGAAGGCUUCAAAUGAUCAAGUUUAUUAGUUGAAUUGAAAUUUUCUCAAUUUUACCAAACAAUGUGUAUAACAAAAAGUAUUUUUCUUGAAAAUUUGAAAUGGCCUACAAUUUUCUCAAAAAAAAAAAAAACAAACAAAAAAAAAAGGAAGAAAAAAAAAGAGGAAAUAUUUUCAAUGUAACUAUUUUUUCAAGAUUUUAUAUUAUCCCCGGAAAUUCCUGAAAAUCAGAUUCGCAUGAAAAUAACAGUCUUUAUGGUAUGUGCGUGGCCAGCCCAUAGAGACUCUGUUUGUGAAGUUUGUGUUUAUAUGGAAAAAAAGCCUGUAGGUUAGUCAUCUAUGUAAAUCCUUUAAGACCGUUUAAGAGAAUAGCUUCAAUUAGAAUGACAAAGUGCUUGUAUUAUAAAUGUAUGAAUAUGUGUGAAGUUAUGUCAAUGAUGUUUUCCAACAUUAUGAUACUUAAUCAUUAAAAAAUGUCCUAGGCCCUUGUUGGUGUCCCGAGUAAGUUAUGAUCAUGUGAAAAUGCAUACAGGAAGGGGUUGGAUGUUAUUUUGUUGUGUUUCACUUGUAGUGACAGAUGUUGUAUAUAUAUGAAAUAUACAGAAGGUGCAUGGUGGUUAGAGUUGAGUGAUAAUAUUUAGUAGAUCUCAUACGAUGUUGUUAGAAUAAGGAGGCUUACUGGGUCCAAUACGGUAACAUAAAUCCAUUGAUCUUAAACAAAAAUCUGGUGAUGUCUAGCUUUGUUGUAACAACUACUGUAGACAAGGUAAUUUACGUGGGGAUUAAUGUCUAAAGGUAAACUAUAUGCGUGGGGGUUAUUUCCUUGAAUUUUUCUUCUUCACCUGUCCCAUAAAUUCCACACACAUCACAAAAUAAUGCAUGUGGGAAAUGUUCAUGGAUGAAUGGCCUUCGCACAUUUAUUGUAAAUUUUCCGUUCAUGGAAAUUUCAAUGUUUACAGUAUUUGAAAACACGUCUGAGGAAUUCCAAACCAAAGUGACUUUUUAAUGGUAGCUUGAACAUUUUCCCCUUUAAUUAUGCUACAAUGUCUGUUACCAUGUUUGUGUCUUCAUUUUGGUAGAAUUCAAAUUGUGUUCUAUUGUCAUGUGUAUGUCCCUGUAUGGCUUUGGUGGUCUGUUAUCAUGAUGUUUGAGUGAAUAUUUUAAAAAUCAUUGUCCACUUAUCAGGUCUGGUUAGAUUAUGUUAACAUAAAAUAUUUUCAGAUUAUUUCACUCAAAAAAGAUGCCAAACUAAAACAACUCAUAUUGAAGAGGUUACUAGUAAUGCCACUUACACAAGAAAAAACUCUGUAGGUAAUGUACAGGUAAAUGCUAGGAGGGGCCGCGGUGGCCGAGUGAUUAAGGUGUCCCGACACUUUAUCACUAGCCCUCCACCUCUGGGUUGUGAGUUCGAAACCCAAGUGGGGCAGUUGCCAGGUACUGACCGUAGGCCGGUGGUUAUUCUCCGGGUACUCCGGCUUUCCUCCACCUCCAAAACCUAGCACAUCCUUAAAUGACCCUGGCUGUUAAUAGGACGUUAAACAAAAACAAACAAACAAACAUGUUAGGUUUUAUGGGGUCUCUAUAGCUGUGGUGUAAGGUCUACAUUACUUCAGGUUACGUAUAUAGGUGCUUUUCCAAAUUUUAUUUUUGAUAUUGGUGGGAAUAAAAUUGUAAUAAGUCCGUCAGUCAGAUUUCAGAUAUGUAGUAUAAUGUAAUUUGUAAGAAUAAAUAUUUCUGAUACAAUAUUGCUGACUCUGUACAACAUAUAGAGACCCUGAUAUCUGCAUACAAUACUGAACAUAUGAUAGUUUGAUGAACUAUGUGUAUAAUGUUCAUCUGUAUUCCAUGGGCAUGGCCUUGUUAACUGGAGUUUAGUGGCAUGUGGUUAAAUUUACUGAAGAUAACCACCAUGUAUAUGGCCACAUAUACUUGCUGUAAGUGGUAUGUAUGUUGCUAUAUAUAUUUGCUGUAAGUGGCUUGUAUAUGGUCACAUAUACUUGUUGUCAGUGGCAUGUAUGUUGGCACAUAUACUGGCUGUCAGUGGCAUGUAUGUAGCCACAUAUACUUGUUGUCAGUGGCAUGUAUGUUGGCACAUAUACUGGCUGUAAGUGGCAUGUAUGUAGCCACAUAUACUGGUUGUCAUUGGCAUGUAUGUAGCCACAUAUACUGGCUGUAAGUGGCAUGUAUGUAGCCACAUAUACUGGUUGUCAUUGGCAUGUAUGUAGCCACAUAUACUGGUUGUAAGCAGUCUGUAUGUGGCCACAUACACUUAUCGUUUCCUGUCAUGUAGAUUUAGAUGUGAGAGAGAGGAGGUCCUGGUGUGAGACUUUAGAUGUGAGAGAGAGGAGGUCCUAGUGUGAGACUUUAGAUGUGAGAGAGGAGGAGGUCCAAGUGUGAGACUUUAGAUGUGAGAGAGAGGAUGUCCUAGUGUGAGACUUUAGAUGUGAGAGAGAGGAGGUCCUAGUGUGAGACUUUAGAUGUGAGAGAGAGGAGGUCCUAGUGUGAGACUUUAGAUGUGAGAGAGAGGAGGUCCUAGUGUGAGACUUUAGAUGUGAGAGAGAGGAGGUCCAAGUGUGAGACUUUAGAUGUGAGAAGUGAGAGAGAGGAGGUCCUAGUGUGAGACUUUAGAUGUGAGAGAGAGGAGGUCCUAGUGUGAGACUUUGGAUGUGAGAGAGAGGAGGUCCUAGUGUGAGACUUCAGAUGUGAGAGAGAGGAGGUCCUAGUGUGAGACUUUAGAUGUGAGAGAGAGGAGGUCCGAGUGUGAGACUUUAGAUGUGAGAGAGGAGGUCCUAGUGUGAGACUUUAGAUGUAAGAGAGAGGAGGUCCAAGUGUGAGACUUUAGAUGUGAGAGAGGAGGUCCUAGUGUGAUGUGAGAGAAGAGGUCCUAGUGUGAGACUUUAGAUGCGAGAGAGAGGAGGUCCAAGUGUGAGAAAUUAGAUGUGAGAGAGAGGAGGUCCUAGUGUGAGAGAGAGGAGGUCCUAGUGUGAGACUUUAGAUGUGAGAAAGAGGAGGUCCAAGUGUGAGACUUUAGAUGUGAGAGAGAGGAGGUCCUAGUGUGAGACUUUAGAUGUGAGAGAGGAGGUCCUAGUGUGAGACUUUAGAUGUGAGAGAGAAGGUCCUAGUGUGAGACUUUAGAUGUGAGAGAGAGGAGGUCCUAGUGUGAGACUUUAGAUGUGAGAGAGGAGGUCCUAGUGUGAGACUUCAGAUGUGAGAGAGAGGAGGUCCUAGUGUGAGACUUUAGAUGUGAGAGAGAGGAGGUCCUAGUGUGAGACUUGAGAUGUGAGAGAGAGGAGGUCCAAGUGUGAGACUUUAGAUGUGAGAGAGAGGUCCUAGUGUGAGACUUUAGAUGUGAGAGAGAGGAGGUCCUAGUGUGAGACUUUAGAUGUGAGAGAGAGGAGGUCCUAGUGUGAGACUUUAGAUGUGAGAGAGAGGAGGUCCUAGUGUGAGACUUUAGAUGUGAGAGAGAGGAGGUCCAAGUGUGAGACUUUAGAUGUGAGAGAGGAGGAGGUCCUAGUGUGAGACUUUAGAUGUGAGAGAGAGGAGGUCCUAGUGUGAGACGUUAGAUGUGAGAGAGAGGAGGUCAUAGUGUGAGACUUUAGAUGUGAGAGGAGGAGGUCCUAGUGUGAGACAUUCAACCAUAGGGUCAGUAGCAGAACAUAUGAAGAGCAGUCCCUAACACAGCUUAAGAAUCCAGUUUUUAUUGUACUUUUGUCAAAAUAUCUAUAGAAACCACCAUAUCCAUGUGAUUUCCCCCUGCUUUCUUGAGCAACGUAUUGUGUAGUUACUGUUUUUGUUCUCAAAUAAGCCCCCUCAUAUAGUGAAAAAUGUAAGUUCUGAAGUUUGGGGAGAUCUUAUUGUGUAAAAUAAAAGAUGGCCUAUAUUUGGACAGGGGCUUAUUUACAGAUAUAUAUGGUAACUUUACCGUAACAAUUCUGUAUUUGGAGUGAAUAUUAUUUUAUGAAUUUAAAGCUAUUCUUUAUGCAAAGAGACAUAAUAAGCAUGUUUUCAGCUUUUAAUUGAAAAUAUAAAACUACCAAAUCAAACGGUGAGUGUAAAAGAUUGGGGAGGGCUUGUUUGUUAAACACUUAAUGAAGAAAGGUAGCUUACUAGUGGACAGUUACUUAUUAGUUGAUAAAUAUGGUAGUAAUUCUGACCACUCUUGAUUGGUGGCUGUUCUAUUUAUAGAAGCAUGAACGACUUCAGUGGAUCUUUGUACUGUUUAUCUGCAUGUAUGCAAUUAUUGUUUGUUGUGAAUGGUGAUUGUUGUUAUAACCAAAUGAUAGUCCCAAGGAAGCGCAGAUUCUACUGGAAAUCUUGUAGUUUUGAAGGAACCUUUUCUUGUUUGUACCAAAAAUUUUGAAGCAAAAUGCUGUAUUUUUCACAGAUAUUGUAAAAAACUAUUUAAUGUUGAUAAAAAAAAUUCAAUUCCAAAAAAAAAAAAGAAAAAGAGUUUAUAAGUGGUGGAUCUCGAUAAAUCUGUACAUUAUUAGAUAGAACAAAAUGUGUGAAUUCUUUUUCUAUAAGAACGCUGUCAAUGGGACACAACUCCGCUUCAUUCAAGAAAUGUUCAUGUCUUUAAUUGUUGAAUAAGGGAUUAUGGUCCCUCUCGUGCCAGAUUAUUCCUAUGUAUCGUAGGUAAGGGAGAAAAUUCCCUCUGAUGCCAGAUUGUUCCUAUGUAGGUAAAGGGAGAAAAUUCCCUCUGAUGCCAGAUUGUCCCUAUGUAUCGUAGGUAAGGGAGAAAAUUCCCUCUGAUGCCAGAUUGUUCCUAUGUAUCGUAGGUAAGGGAGAAAAUUCCCUCUGAUGCCAGAUUGUCCCUAUGUAUCGUAGGUAAGGGAGAAAAUUCCCUCUGAUGCCAGAUUGUUCCUAUGUAUCGUAGGUAAGGGAGAAAAUUCCCUCUGAUGCCAGAUUGUUCCUAUGUAUCGUAGGUAAGGGAGAAAAUUCCCUCUGAUGCCAGAUUGUUCCUAUGUAUCGUAGGUAAGGGAGAAAAUUCCCUCUCAUGCCAGAUUGUUCCUAUGUAUCGUAGGUAAGGGAGAAAUUUCCCUCUCAUGCCAGAUUGUUCCUAUGUAUCGUAUGUAAGGGAGAAAAUUCCCCAUCAUACGAGAUUGUUGAUGUAUAUCGUAUAACCAUAGCUAAUGGUGCCUUGUGAGUGAGAAUUUUUGUUAUUUAUUUAUGCAUAAUGUUUAAUGUUUUGUCUGAUCUUGAGCACACAAAAAGCAACUGCUCAUUAAAAAUAGAUAAAUCAA